AUGGAGAAAAAUGAUGAGUAUAACCAUGGCGAUUUUUCACUCUCUCUCAGGGGUAGGCUGGCGCUCUCGCAAGGAAGGAAAGAGAUCGCGCACAUUUGUCUCCUCCUCCCCCGAUCUUUACGCUCCCGUAGAGAGCGGCGACAACAGCGGCGGCCCGGGGAGCUCGCCAGCCAUGGCGGCGCGGCAGCUCUGCUCGCCGGCCAAGCGUACAGCGGAUUGGAUCCCGCGCGCUUUGCCGUCGAACGAGGCCUCUGCGUCCGCGCGCGCCCGACAGUUCGUCCGGUGGGGAGGGACUCGCCGGCCACCGCGGCUUUAGGGGACGGCGGGGACGGCCACACACGCGAGCGGCGGCGCGACCCUUUCGAGGUGACGGAGGCGUGCAAGACACGACGGCCAUGCGACGCACACGUCCAUAAGCAGGAAGAAAGGGGCCGGAUCGAUUCAUCCCGCACGGUGGCUCGAGGGACAGCGUCGUCGCAGCACCGACGUCCGCGCGCGGCGUCGGCCGUGCGGACCCCGGAGGGUGGGGACAUCGAUGCGGCGUCAUAUGGCACAGUGGAGCUCAUGAUCUCCAGUGGCGAGGAUGAGCAGCAACAGUGGCACCGUGAUGAUGUAGUAGUGGAGAGGCAGCAGCUCAUCCAGGAGCUUCGCCGGUGGCAGCGGGAAGCCGCCGACACAGCCUUGCGGUGGCCGGCGAUGGAAACGGCCUUCCCAUUGCUUCAGCACACCCCUAGAUCGGUAGGGUUUGCGGGAAUUAAGGGCUGGAUAUCAUGUACCUGAACUCACUCGUCAUAGGUAUCCAGGCCCUACCCUUUAUAUGUGUGAUGGCAACAGGGGACCAAAACCAUCUGUCGGUUAGAGGUGCCCCCAAUCAGGGCGAUUCUGUUGGGGUCACAGCCACCUACGUUGGUUGGUGGCCCAUCCCCUUAACGUUACUUUUUACCUGGUCAGAGCCGAGAUCAACCAACAGUCCCCACUAGAAUAAUCAUCAGUAGAAGAUCCUCCGCCACCCAUAAAGAAA